UUUAUUAAAGAUAAUGUUAAUGUCGCAGAUUACUUCAAUUAAAGAACUUUUACCUGUUUUGAGCAAAAAAUUGAGGAAAGGAGAUUGUGGGAAGAUUGGUGUGAUUGGAGGUUCUGCUGAAUAUACAGGUGCUCCUUAUUUUUCUGCAAUGUCCACUUUAAAAAUUGGUGCUGAUCUUUCUUUUGUUUAUACACACCCUUCUGCUGCGCCAUCAAUUAAGAAUUACAGUCCUGAUUUGAUUGUUUAUCCAACCACAGAUCUCGCAAAAAAUCGUAUUAGUUUAGAAAAGUUGGAUGCUCUUGUAUUUGGUCCAGGAUUGGGUAGAGAACAGCACACCAAAGAAUUGUUGAGAGGAAUCGUUGAAUUUGCGAGGAAUUCACCAAAAAUUUGUGUGGUUAUAGACGCUGAUGGACUUUUCUAUUUAAACGAUUGUUUUAAAGAGCUUUCUCUUGGUGAUUGCCGAAAUAAUCUUUUGAUAACUCCAAAUCACAGAGAAUUUGAACGUCUUUACUCUAAAGUAUUUCCUGAAAAACAAAUUGAUGAAAAAAAUAUUCGAGAACAUGUUAAAGAAUUAGCUGCAAUUUUGGGGAUUGUUAUUAUACGGAAAGGCGAAAAUGAUAUAAUUAGUGAUGGAAAUGAAUUGAUGAUUGAAGAUUCUGAAACUUCAUUGAGACGUUGUGGAGGGCAAGGAGACAUUCUUGGUGGAGCAAUUGCACUUUGUUCGUAUUGGGCAAAACUUAAAAGAAUUAAAAAUACAAAGGAGAACAACAAUUCUCAAUAUUUAACUAAUGAUUUAAUGAUUGGGGCUUUAGCAGCUUCCCAACUUCAACGAAGAGCUUCGCUUUAUGCUUAUCAACGUGUUGGACGUUCAAUGCAAGCUUCUGAUGUUUUAGAAAGUAUUCCAGAAGUUUUAAGAGAAAUUGACCUUGUAUUGAAAGUGUGCAAUGAAAAUUAUAUUGUUUAAUUGAAAAGCCAUUAUAUUUUUGAUUUCUAAUAUUUUUUGUGUCAAAAAUUAUUUUAAAAAUAAUUUUUAUUAAUUAAAAAAUUAAAAAAAAAGUGAAAAAAAAUGUGGCAGCAUAAAAUAGGUAAAGUAUAUAAAAUCAGAAAAAAAUUCGAAAGAAUGAAAGAAUAUUUCUUAUCACUCAGUCUUUUAAGAGUACAGAAAAAAAUAAUAUAGGGAGGGGAAAAGCUAUUAAAAAAUUCUCGAUCUCUA